CCAGUUAAACAGACAGAUAGGAUUUAUUCCAUUGAUAGCACAAUUCUCAAUUUUUCAGUGGUCAGAAAGGAGUUAACGGCCGAAUAAAACCCCUAACUGAGGGAUAAAGUUAUCUGUCCCUUCAAGGGCCAGUUAAGAGCUGUCAGUCUGAUAACUUUGACGUUUUUAGGUUAUUUUAAAGUGGCAUUAUUUUAUACUUCGUCGUUUUAUCAAGUAAUAGUGUGGUUACUAGUGAUUAUUUUGAUAUUGUUCAUAACCAAGAUGGAUCUAUUUGAUAUUGUCGACGAUUUAGAUAUUGCACAAGAUUUAGAAAUAUUGGAUUAUAUACAUCCAGAACACAGGAAGCCCAGAGAAGUAAAAGCCAGGCCUGACAAUUUAAAUGUAUGGGAUGAUAAUGAAUUUUGGAAAAGAUUUCGACUGAAGAAAGAAACAGUUUCGCUUAUACAUUCUCUAAUUGAAGAAAAAAUCAAACACAAAACGAACUGGAAUCAAUGUGUUUCUCCGAUGCAACAACUGCUCCUGACCUUAAGGUUUUAUGCAACAGGGAGUUUUUAUAUAACGGUUGGAGAUUUUGGCGGUAUUCACAACUCAACAAUGUGCAAAAUUAUAAAAAGAGUGACUGAAGCCAUUGCUGCACUGAGACCAGACUUCAUUUCACUACCAAAGUCCCGCGAGGAAAUACUUGCCGUACAACAAGAUUUUUAUAAAAUAGCUAGGUUUCCAAGAGUUAUUGCCGCUCUGGAUUGUUCGCAGGUAAAAACAAUUUCACCAGGUGGCGAUAAUGCAGAAAUUUACAGGAACAGAAAAGGCUACUUUUCUUUAAAUGUGCAAGCAAUGUGCAAUGCCAAUUUGCAAUUUUUGGACAUUGUUACACGAUGGCCAGGGUCAACUCAUGACAGUUUGAUAUUCGCAAAUUCUGCUGCUAAAUAUCAGUGUGACAAUCAUACUUUUGGCAAUGGCAUUGUCUUGGGUGAUAGUGGAUAUUUUUUAAAUAACUAUUUAUUAACUCCACUUAGCAAUCCUUUGACUCGAGCCGAACAGUUAUACAAUGAAUCUCACAUCAGAACGAGAAAUGUGAUUGAGAGAACAUUUGGCAUAUGGAAAAGAAGAUUCCCAGUUUUGAGUAUUGGAUUAAGGUGCAAAAUACCUUUAGCCCAAGACAUCAUUGUUGCUACUGCAAUAUUGCACAAUUUAGCUCGCACACAAAAUGAAGGAGAACCACCGACAGACCUUGAGGUUCAAGUUCCACCGCAGUUAGUGAUUCCAGUGUCUGAACUUGCCGGAGAUGAAAGAGGCAGAAACUCCAGAACUAGGGAUGCUAUGAUUACAUAUUUUGGAUCUCUAGCAGGCAAUUGAGAUACAGUGCUUGCCAAAGAACCUCACAAUCAAUUGUUGGGUUUUUGUAUAAUUUUCUCUGUAAAAAUGCGUUAUUUUAAAUAGUUUAAUAUUCUUAGCUAUUAUGGUACCAUACAUAGGACAUUUAAAAUAAGUCGGAUUGGAAAAAGGCAAGUGAUGUUAUUGUUUUAUAUAAAGAUUAUUAGCAUUUUUAAUUGUAAAAGUUUUUAAUUCUAAUUUAAUUUUAAGGUGUAUAAUUUAUCUUUUAAUUUAGUUUGUUUUAAUAUUUGACAUGUAUUAUGGAAUUGAAAUAUAGGUACAAUUGACAGGACAAAAUAAAAAUAUAUAUAUAUAGGUA